AUGUACCCAAGCUUACAAGAGGCGGCUGCUGUGACUGCUGCCGAAAAACUCAUGAUCUCAACUAUGGCCAGGUACGAUCCGUCGCACGACGCGUUUCACGUGCAACGUGUACGGAGAACAGCGCUGCAUCUUGCACGCGCUGUAACCGCAAGCGAGGGAACAAGCAAGCCAGACCUCCUUACCGUCGAGCUCGCUGCACUCCUGCACGAUGUCUUGGACAAGAAAUAUGUUACUGCAGCCGAGGCAGCAGACCCUUACGCGUUCUUCCGCCCGUUUUUCGAGUCUGUUACUUCCGAGGCUGGGCUUGAUCUAAUCAAAGACGGUCGCGCGCGAUUGAUUGCGAGAAUCAUCGACAAUGUCUCUUGGAGCACGGAGAAGCGUCUGCGUGAAGCCGGACAGCUCAAGGUAUGGCAUCAAGAAUGCGUGGAACUGCACUGUGUGCAGGAUGCAGACCGCUUGGACGCUAUCGGCGCAUUUGGUGUUUUACGCUGUGCUGCAUACAGUGCUGUGACGAACCACCCCUUACACACGCCUGACAAUGAUCCAAAACAGUCUAUGUCUGCCGUCCAGCACUUCCAUGAUAAGCUCUUGCGCAUCCGAGAUCGACUAAAGACCAUCCCAGGCAAGCAGCUUGCAGAAAAGCGACACAAGCUUAUGGUUGACUUUCUGCAGUCCGUCGAAGAAGAGUAUGAUCUCAAUCCGUAGUGCACGUUUACUUGUCCUUCAGAGUUGCAUAUGCCAGUGUGGCGCCUCGCCUUAUUGAGAACUUCGACAUUUUUCUACUCGUUG